AUGAAUGUCCUUUCAUGGAAUUGUAGAGGUGCUGUCAAGAGACAAUUUAAAAGCACUUUUAGUAGAUUUAGGAAUAAAUAUAAGGUUAGUGUGGCUGCUAUUUUGGAGCCUAGGGUGAGUGGGAAUAAAGAUGUUAGGAUUAUCAAAAGUUUGGGCUUCACUAAUUAUAGUAUAGUUGAAGCUCAAGGCUUUUCUGGUGGCAUUUGGCUCAUGUGGAAUGCUAGUGAUGUUAAGAUUUCUUGUAUUUCAAAGCAUGAGCAGUAUAUUCACUGUUGGGUGGAGUUUUCUAAUAUGAAGGGCUUCUUUUUUACGGCUGUCUAUGUUAGUCCUCAUGAAGGGAAACGCAGAAUACUGUGGGAAGAGUUGAAACAUAUUGGGAGGACUAUGGAGGAGCCUUGGUUACUAUCUGGUGACUUUAAUGAAAUCACUUAUGCUGAGGAGAAGAGAGGUGGAGGGAUUGUUGAUUAUAGCAGGUGCAACCAGUUUACUAAUGUCCUGGAUGCUUGUGGUGUGUUGGAUUUGGGAGGAGGUGGUAAUAGGUUUACUUGGAGAGGGCCCAAGUUCCUUCACUUGAAUAGGGUUUUUAAGAGGCUUGAUAGAGCUGUGGCUAAUGAGAUUUGGAGAGCUAGCUUUGAAGAUGCUGAUGUGCUGACCCUCCCUAGACUAUUCUCUGACCAUUGUCCUAUUCUUGUCAGAUUGGAGAAGGAAGAAACUGAUUGGAGAGAGAGGCCCUUCCGGUUCCUUGCCUCCUGGCAGUAUGACCCUAGAUUCAGUCCAUUCCUUAAAGCUAAUUGGAACCAAGCUGCCAACCUUUGUGACAGUUUGAACUCCUUUACUCCAGCUCUUAAGGAUUGGAAUAGAGAUGUUUUUGGUUUCAUUCAAUAUAAGAAAAAUAGGAUUAUUUCUAGAUUGGAUGGUAUUCAAAAAGUUAGUAGCAGUAAUAACAGUAAGCAGCUUGAGAAGUUGGAAUCUAAGCUGAAGGAUGAACUUUCAGGUAUCCUUGAUCAGGAGGAACAACUAUGGCAUCAAAAAUCUAGGGGAAAUUGGAUUAGAGAUGGAGACAGAAAUACUAGACUUUACCAUACUAGUACCUUGAUCCGAAGGAAAAGGAAUAAAAUUAUUAAACUCCAAGAUGAGGCUGGCCAUUGGAUAAGUAGGGAAGAGGAGUUAAUUGAGUUGGCAAGGAAUUUCUUCUUAAAUCUCUUUAAGGAUGAAGCUAUUAAUCCUGUGUGGGUGCAUACUAGUAACAAUUGGCCAGACUUGAAGGAGGACCAAUUGGCCUCUUUGUCUUUGGAUGUUGAUUUGGAGGAAAAGUACCUUAGAGAGCCAGAUUUGAUUAAGGAGAUCGAUCAUACCCUGCUAGCUCUUAUUCCCAAGGUUGAGAAGCCUUGUUUAAUGAAACAGUUUAGGCCAAUUGCCUUCUGCAACUUUGUCUAUAAGGGACUCAACAAAAUCCUUGUCAAUAAGAUUAAGCCUCUUUUGGGGAGUCUCAUUUCCCCUAAUCAAGUGAGUUUUGUUCCAAAGAGGUCAGUUUUGGAGGAAGUGAAGUUCCCUGCGAAUUUGAUUGAUGCUAUUUUGGGUUGUGUAACUAGCCCUUGUUUGGAGGUUCUGUGGAAUGGUGCUAGGACACCUGGAUUUAGUUCUCAGCGAGGGAUUAGACAAGGGGAUCCAAUAUCCCCUUAUCUAUUUGUCUUAUGCAUGGAGAAAUUAACUCAUUUAAUUUUGGAUGAAGUGGAGGCUAAAAGGUGGAGACCUAUGAGGGCUGGUAAAGCUGGUCCACUUAUCUCUCACUUAAUGUUUGCAGAUGAUGUAAUUCUGUUUGCUGAAGCUUCUAUGGAUCAGUUGGAAUCUAUAGCUCACUGUUUGGAGAAGUUUUCGUUGAUGUCAGGUCAAUGUGUGAGUGUGGAAAAGUCUUGUAUAUUCUUUUCGAAGAAUGUAGCCCAGGAGACUAUAGAUUCUAUUACAGCUGUGAGUGGAUUUAAAAGAGUCAGCAGCCUUGGAUGUUAUUUGGGAGCUUUGAUGAGGCAUGGUAGAGUUAAAAGAGACCACUAUGCUGAUACUAUUUCUAGAGUUCAAGGUAGACUCCAAGGGUGGAAAUCUAAGUGCUUUUCUUUGGCGGGUAGGAUCACCUUGGCCAAGAGUGUCAUCUCAGCUAUACCUUCCUUUCAUAUGCAAAAUAGUAUGCUACCUGUCCAUGUGUGCCAGGAGAUUGAGAGACUACAAAGGAAUUUUAUUUGGGGGGAUUCUGAUGUCAAAAAAAGAGCUCACUAUGUAUCUUGGGAGCAAUUGUGUCUGCCUAAGAAUUGUGGUGGGCUUGGUUUUUUAGACUUGAGAAGACAGAAUGCUGCAUUUAUGCAGAAAUUAGCAUGGAAGGUUAUGAAUGAUCAAAAUAGCCUCUGGGUGCAGGUGAUGUUAGGCAAGUAUGGUAGGAAUCUUAAUCCUAACCGGGCUUUAAUUUCAAAAGGUACUGAUUCUCCUUUAUGGAAGUAUAUUUGUACUGCUAGAGACAACCUAUCCCAGCAUCUUGAGUGGGUGGUUGGAAAUGGCAAGGAGACUUGUUUCUGGACAGACUUGUGGGGAGGUUGGAAAAGGAGUUUAUAUGAACUUGUUGUUUGUAAACCUCCGAAUGAUCAGCUGCCUCUCAAAGUGUGUGACUAUGUGGAUCCUGAUACAGGGGAGUGGAGAUGGUAUUGCCUUCUGAACUGGUUAGAUCCUAAUACCCUAAAUAAGCUUAAAGGCAUUAGGCCUCCUGUCAAUGAUGUUUUAGAUGAUAGAUUGAACUGGUUGUGGAGUAGACCAAACAUGUCUUUUGUGAGAAAUGCUUACUGUUAUAUGUCUGAUUUUAGUGUUGGAAAGGAUAAAAUUUGGGCUGCUAUUUGGAGAUGGAAAGGUCCUUAUAGGAUAACUGUUUUCAUUUGGCUUGCAUGUCUUAAUAAAAUUCCUGUUAGAACUAUGACAGGCCAAUGGAGUGGAGGGGAUCUUGGAUGCCCAACCUGCUACUAUUCUCAUGAAACUGUCUUACAUGUGUUGAGGGAUUGUAGGGUGGCCAGACAAGGAAGCAUGAGUUCUGUGAAUGCUUGUGUUGUUUCUGGUGGUAUUCUUAAUUCUGAGUUGGCAGGGAAGCACAAAAGUGCUUGUGGAGGGCUGGCUGUUUCCUCAAGUGGGGAGUGGAAAGGGGGCUUCUCAGCUAAUUUAGGGACAGUUUCUGUUUUGGAAGCUAAGUUAUGGGGAGUAUACCAUGGUCUCAAAAUGGCUGGGGAUUUGUGCUAUACCAAGGUUUGGAUGGGCUGUGAUAGUAAAGAAGCCAUCCUUUGCUUGGAGGAAGAUUCUGAGAUUUGUGGCUUUACAUCUUUGAUCUGCAAAAUUAGAAGUAUUGCUCAAGAUUUUGACCAGCUGCAGUUGGAGUUUAUUCCUCGGAAAUCCAAUGAUUGUGCAGAUUUUUUAGCUAAGCUAGGCUUUAGUUGUAAGGGUGAAGAGUUGAUGUUUUUCUCCUCUCCCCCUGUUGAUAUUUUACCUUAUUGGUUAGAGUUGUGCUCCAAUAUGUUGAUGGAGCAAUUGAGUCUGUAUAUGCAUAAUCCGAGUGUUUAG